AUGAACGUUGGGGCAGACCAGGCCCCGCAAACGAAUGGCGGCGGUGGAGCGCAACACCGACAGUCCAACGGCAGCGGCGACUCAGACCUCUCACAGAUAUUAGAAGCGCUGCAGGCCAUAUACGCAACCUCGUCAACGAAUGAUACCCGCCGACAGGCAACCGAAUACCUCGAGCAAGCGAAACGGCACCCGGAAGCGCCUUCACAUGGUCACACGCUCGCACUCGACCGCUCGCAACCCGCGCCCCUCCGCUACUAUGGCCUCACUAUGCUGGAGCACUCGAUAAAAUACAGCUGGGAGGACUUCACAGAGGACCAAGGCACAGCGUUACGAGGCUAUGCGAUCGAGCUCGCCCAAAACGUGUCCGAAGACGAUGCCGCAUUCCUCAGGAACAAGGUUGCGCAGCUAUGGACGGAAAUCGCGAAGCGCAGUUGGGGCGCCGAGUGGCUGGAUAUGGACGAACUGCUGGUCUCGCUCUGGACAAGUUCUCUGCACCACCAGGCUGUCGUGCUAUACGUCCUGGAAACGCUUUCUGAGGAAGUCUUCAAUCGCGAAGACCCUACGGCAGGCCUCCGAGGUAGCGACCUGGGUCGCGCCUGUGUCGAGAUUUUCACACCGCUUGCCGUCAUACAAGACCAGCUCCCUACACGCGAGAAGAGUCUGGAUGUGCGGUGUGGAGACGAAGGAUGGCUGAAGAGGCUAUGCGACAACUUGGGCUGGUGUUUGGGGCAGGACUACCAGAACCAGGAAGCUGUGAAGACAAGCGCUAUCAAGUCUAUGCAGGCCCUCAAGGCGGCCAUGCCGUGGAUUAUGCCCAAGGCUAUCGCUGCAACACAGGUCAUCGAGGCCGUCUGCAAGGCGCUGGCUACCCCAGCCGUAGAGAUGCAGAUUGCCGCCGUCGAGACCCUCCAAGCGAUCUACAACCGAACCCACCUGCACGACGACGAGUUUGUGGAGCUUGUAUGCCCCAUGUUCACACCUGGCAGUGUUUCACUCCUGCGAGAAGUAUACAACUGGACGCUCACGGAUAUGGAUGUGAAUGACAUAGAUGAUCAGAAAUACAUGCUCUGCAAGAGACUCUCAGAAUUGGCCAACAGCCUCGGACUAUUCAUCGAGCAAAAGCCCCAAUCGAUACCAGAUGGCAGCGACCUAACCGGCAUAUUCGGUUUCCUAUACGAUAUCAUGCGCAACCCGAGUCUCGUCGUCUCCAUACCCGUUCUCCAUUGUUGGACCAAGCUGUUACGAUCUAGCAUCGUGCGAGACUCUGAUGUCGUCAAUUCCAUGGUUGGCGGGCUACUUGAGACGUGCUGCGCCCGACUCAUUCGAUACGAAUCGUUACCCGAAGAUAUCGAAGACGUUACGUUACAAUUUCUCAACGAAGACAUUGAUACAGUACCGGAACGUCAUGCUUUUCUAGGCAACUAUCGGCGCUUCUGCGCAGACGUGAUCGAAGUCCUGGUUCGCAAGACACCAGUAGAGGCAAUGGCGCAUAUCCUUGCUCAGGCGACAAACAUGCUCCAGAACCUGUACCAUGAUCAGCCUGCUUUCCAGCGCCAAAACUUCACAAAGAACUCUCCACAAGUCCUUCAGGUCGAUGCGCAGGUCACUGUCAUCGAAGCUGCACUCAAGGGGUACAUGAAGUGGCAGCAAGGGCAAGGCGAAAACGCGCAAGAUGAUGAGCGGACGCGGAAUACCCUGGAAGACUCGCUCGAGCAGUGGGGCAGGCAAAUCCUGCAAGCGCAUUUCGAAGAUCCUGAAGUUGCGAGAAAGAUAAUAUCUUUGAUGGCAACUCUCUCAACAAAAGCCCUUGGCGACCGUCCAGGAUUCGCUCUUACCUUCUUGGAGUAUAUGCUUACAGUACGGCUAGCCGAUGACACGAAUUAUCCACAGUACUCCGAUGCUGUGAAAGACCUCGAGCGCAUAUGCAGUCUUGAGAUGCAGAAACUAGCGAUGAAAUUCGCUGACGACUUUAUGAACGUCUACGAGCAACUAGAGGCCAAGGUCAAUGAGAUGAUUAAUGAUCCUACGACUGACGAACGCCAACGUAUGGCGUACUCCGCUUUCCUUUUCAUCAUCAUACAUAGAUGUACAACAUUAGAGCGCGCCACGCAAGAGGAGCGCAUGAGACAGAUGCUCAACCGUGUCAAGGAUGCUUGGCGCAACGAUGAGUUCACCCAAGCCAUCUCUUCAUUCCAGUCCUUCUGUGGCGUAUUGGGAAUGGGCCAAUUACCCGAGUUUCUGUCUGCGAACAACUUCCGCGGCAUUCAGGACUGGUCUGACCAACAAUUGCCUAGUGAUGGCCAGGCGUUGCAGGCCUCAAUUCUUGACCGUUCUCAACAACUGCCACUACGACUUACUAAGACAUUACUGGCAGCAUCGACGGAAAAGCUUCGCGAUGGCACUGCUGCGUACGAGACUGCUGCGCUACUCUGGGCAGAGGCCAUACCAGUGCUGCUCCCAAACCUUCUCCAGCUCGUGAGCCAUGCACAAGCAUUCAACGAUAUCGACGCCAACUGGUCACACUUGCCAGUAGAACUACAGCAGGUUAUUCGGAGAGUACUGACUGAUCGGUUUUGGCAAGCGGGCAUAUCGACAGAGAGCCGAGACGAUUUCUUUGCAAGAGUUAGUGGCUCCAAGUCGACGUUUGAGGGGUUUGCAUCGACGGUACGAGGCACUGUAAGGCAGAUCAGGGAGAGCUCGUACUACAUCCUCUACUCGUUAACGCGAUUUCGAGACUUCUUCUAUGGGAUAGAAGAUCUGCCAGGCCCGUUGAGUCAAGCCCUGUUUGGCCACGCAGGCGCUCUGACUGCGCAUCAUCUAUCUGUCUUACUAACCGUAUCCACCCAUCUCAUUGAAGGUUGCCCAGCGCGUCUACGACCACAUUUCCUGCCACCCAUGAUACAGGGGCUAUUCAGAGAGCUGGAUCGAAAAAUCUCCGGAGAAUGGAACGAGGUCGCCCGACAGGUGGCGGAUUCGGGGCAGAACGACAACUUGACGGACGAGAUGAAGACUGAGAGCAUAUUACGACAGCUCACAUAUGCUGCGGUUUCGCUUGUGGCUGUCCUGCUCGAUUCGAGACAGGAAUUUGCCCGUCACGAUGAACACAGUCGAAAAGAAGCCAACGCACCGCCCAUGUGCGACUUCAUUCUCUCAACGCCUGCCGUCCUCGAGCCUAUCCUCCUCUUCUGCAACUCAACAAUACGUUAUCGCGAUACUAGGUCCGUUGUCACCAUGGUCCGCGUAUUGCGCACCCUGCUCCCACGGUUCAAGGAGAAGUCACCCAUUCGGGACUACUUCUGCAAUGACAUCCUCAAAUCGGCCAUUACGUCCCUCCAUGAGCCAUACUUUGUGGACUGCCAGAAAGAGCUCGCCUCACUCAUCGCCGGCAUCAUUCACCUGGACGAGGAGAUACCGCGCUCGAUCAUCUUGUCUCUACCCGGCAUGGGUGACCAGUAUCGCGUCGACCGCCGUCUUGCAAAGCUCCGUGGAGCGAACAGGUCGGACGAACGUAUGCAGCGCAGCAUCGUACUAGAUCUCAUGAGUAGCAUCAAGGGUGUCAGUAUUCACGAGCAAGGCAAAAUACAGAGAUCGACGAAGACCAAGGCCAGGACUGUCAUGAUGGAGCAGUACAUGAGUGUGGACCAACAGCCGACUAUAGUCCGAGAAGCAACCCGCGAGUCAGCGCCUGCCUCUUCCUCUGUUCAUUUCUCCAUCACAACCACACCUCACUUUCUAAUCCUUGCCAUCGACGAGAUGAGCGGCAUACCUAUCGUCGACUUCGGCGCGUUCCUGCACGGUAAAGCAGGGGAUCAGGAGAAGAUCGCCAAGGAGAUCGACGAUGCAUUCCGUAGUAUGGGCUUUGUCUACCUAAAGAACCAUGGCGUGAGGAAGGAUCUGGUGGAGGAGUGCUUUGCUUGGUCAAAGAAGUUCUUCGAUCUACCGCUUGAGACCAAGAUGCUGGCUCCGCAUCCGCCGGGUGGCAGUCAUCAUCGUGGAUACUCGGCGCCCGGAGUGGAGAAGGUUAGUCAAGGGGUUUAUGAUAUUAAUGAGCUGAACAAGCUGAGGGAGACGCCUGAUUAUAAAGAGUCCUUCGAGUCUGGAAACGUGAAAGAUGAGGCUCAGCCAAAUAUCUGGCUUCCAGAAGAUAAGCUUCUGGGCUUUCGCGCAUUCAUGGAGAAGUACUUUGUCGAGUGCGCCAGUCUAGUCCACAGCAUCCUCGACGCUCUCUCCAUUGCCCUCAACGUUCCAGCACCAGGCCUCUCUCCGACCCAUUCGCAGUCGCUCUUUCAACUCCGGCUUCUUCACUACCCCUCUAUCGACGCCGAACAGCUACGCAACAAUGAGCGCAGCAGGAUCAACGCGCAUUCCGACUUUGGCACGCUCACUUUACUAUUCCAGGACAACGUUGGAGGACUUGAAGUACAGGAACCUGCGAACCCAGGUACUUUCCGUGCUGCAGAGCCCAUCGAGGACACUGUGUUGGUCAACAUCGGAGAUCUCAUGGCGAGAUGGAGCAACGAUCGUUGGACAAGCAGUGUGCAUCGUGUUGGUCUACCUCCGGUCCUUCAAAAUGUCACUGAAGACGGCAAACGGAACGACAGGGAGAUAGUAGUACCAGAUCGCUACUCAAUCCCCGUGUUCGCGACACCGAAUAUGGAUACAGUUAUCGAUGCGUUGCCAGGUUGUUGGGAUGAAGAGAAGCCGAAGAAGUACGAGCCUGUAACCGCGUGGGGAUACGUACAGAUGCGGAUGGCUGCGUUGUAUGAGUCGUGA